AUGGACUCGUUCGGAAUAGCGCUGGACGAACUCGACGCCACCCUCGCUGCGCUCAGGCUGCAAGUCGAGAUGGUGAUCGUCACCGAUACGCUUCCCGAGAAGAAAAAAGUAGAGAUGGAGGCGCGUCCGCUGAUGCGAGAGGCGCGGCAGAAGCUGGCCGCUCUGCGUGCCGAGUCCCGUCGUACCCUGGACCUGGAUGCGCGGCAGGCUCAUGAGAGCAUCUGCAAGGAUCGCGACCAGACCAUCCGCAAUUUCGAUGCGGAGAUGAAGAGCCAAAUUUACCCCCGUCGCUCGGCGUCUGGGCGACCGAAGACGUACCAGGAGCAGCGUGAGGAAGAGAUGAUGGGCCGUGGCAGGACAGACGGCACGGGGUUCACAGACUCGAAGCAGGUGCUGGAUGCGGCCAUCAACGUGCAGAAGGACGCGCUUCAGUCCCUCCAGCGUACAGAGCGGUUGCAGAAUGUGACGGAGGAGACGGGCAAGACAACGUUAGCGGAGCUUCAGAAGCAGACGGAGCGCAUGUACCACAUCGACGAGGAGCUGCAGAACUUGCAGGGCCAGAUCGACCACGCCUCACGUGAUUUGCGCUGGUUCUACCGUCAGCUGGCACGCGACAAGUGCUUUCUCUCGUUAUUUGGGCUGUGCAUUGUGGCGCUGCUGGUGCUGGUCUUUGUCUCCAUCUGGACAAAGCGCAUGAGGUCUAAGGGGUAA